AUGACUGAAGUUUACUACCUGUGUUGUGUAAACAUGGUGUGAGAAGGGAUUUAUUUAUAGAUUGAUGCAGAGAAAUAGUAGAGAUGAAUAUCUGAGAAAGGUAACUGCAGGUGUAACAACCACAUCCUGAAUGGAGGCUGGUUGGACCCUUUUCUAGAUGUAUUUUUCCUCAAAGUUGGCUAGAAUGAUCUGUCAGUUAACUGGGGAGGCAGGAGGGAUCUGUAGUGUUACAGUGGCUUUGGGAGAUGCUGGUAAUUUCUUGCAGUCUCUGCAAGACAAAGGGGGAUUCAAGAUUACUGUAUGGUUUUCCCAAAAUAUACUAUUGAAAAGAGGCUUGUUUAUAAAAGAUAAGUCAAAGUGAUCUGAGGAAUUUCUUUUUUCUAACUAUAAGAGCCAUAAACAAAUCUGUAAGUUAUGAGGCAAUAGUUGAGUACGUUGCUAGAUAAUGUGUGGUCAGUUUGACCCUGCUGCCUCAAUUUAGGUCAUUUUCAAACCACUAUAAAGAAGGGCUUUGUGCUGCCUUAAAGGGAUAUAGGCAAUAUCUAAGAAACGGGCAUACUCACAGACACAAUCCCUUUGGCUCAGUUUUUGUUUGGUUGCUUCUCUUUUACAAUCUGUAGUGCAGUAAAUUAAAACAAAAACAAGUCUGGACUUGGCAUGCCUUUGUAAAAAAAUGUUUUGUAUGAAUUGACAGCUAGUGUGUGACCAGGCUAUUUAUAAGAAAGUUUGUUAUUCUCCUACCAGAGAACCUGUUUUGCCCUAUAUUAAGAGAAUACUUAUGGUAACACCUCCCACCUCUGUCUGCACUGCAGCAGUUAGACAAAAUUCUUAUGAUUUCAAUUGUGUCCCUUUAAAAUUUAAUUUUGUUGCCUGCUGGAGUAAAAGAUUUCAAUAUAUGAAUUAGAGAUUAACACUUCACUUCUGCUUGUUUGCUCUGCACAGCUCACCUUACCUGUAUCUGUUCUGCUUCAUUCCUCUCCUCCCACAGAACUGCUGGGGGAACUGGAGGUUUCAGCUGCUCCAAGUUUCUCGAAGAUCCGGUUUGUGACGACACACAGCGCAGCGGCCAGUUACAGCCAUGGGUUCCUGGCAAAGUGAACGGUGGCUACAAUCAUUGCAGUUUGAUCUCCGAGAAGAAGACCAUGAUGGACAUGGAGAUGACGAGUAGUUCAGUGCCUGUCUGCAGGCAAGGGCUGUUCAUCCACACGGGGAACUCCCUCAUGCGAGAGCACCCCCUGUCCCGGGAGAGGCUGCUGCACGUGGGUCAGCUCAACCUGGCGCACUCGGAUAUGAGGUCACCCAGGUUUCAAGACUCAGUAGAUUCUGCUGCUCCAUGCCUGAAUGGAAGUCACCCGGCUCAGCACAUUAAACAAGAAUGCCCGAGUGAUUAUAAGGUUCUGUCUGAGGCUUCCACACAUAGGAGGAUUACGGAGGGGAUGGAGCUGAGAGCCUCCGGUAGUCUGCAUCCUGAACUAGACCUAAUGAAUAAUAGCUUUACAAAUUCACUUUCAUCCUACUUGUUUAAUAAUGAACACAGCUCCUCCCUGAGUCCUUUGUCACUUGGCACCCCUCAGCACUCAGCUAGGCUACAAACAAGCAACCUGAAGAAGAGAUGCAUCUCUGUUGUGCCGUCUUCAGCCGAAGGAAUCGAUAUUACCGCGAUCAUCCGCACAUCGCAGACGUCACUGGUCACCUGUGUGAAUGGGCUGCGAACUAAUGCAGCUGGCAUUUCCUCUCAUCCUGUGGAGAUCAGUCAUCACAGUGCUCAAAAAUCCUCUCAGCCCCAAUCUUGCUCUCAGCCUGGAAACCCUUGCAGUAUUCCCUCCCCUCCAGCAUGUCUUGUACCUCUUUCCGCUGACUGUGACAGAGGUGACUGUGAGCAGAUACAAAUGCAGCAAGUGGAGGAGAAUGGAAGCCUCAGCCUUAUGAUGAAUGGUACUGGCAUUGCUCACCAGAACACCUCGCACAGCACCCAGAAGGUGAGUUUCUUAAAACAAGAACCAGCUGACGAUUAUUCCUCCAGUGCUGAUCUUUUUCGCCAUCACCAGGGGCUGCCUCCCCCUUACCACCUCCACCAGCAGCUAAGCCAGACCCAAGGGACUCUGCCUCACUUAAACGCCUCCAUGUCUCCAAAGUCCCUGCAGCCCAGUGACGGGGAUGAACAGGACCUGAGCAGUGGCAAACAGGUCUGUCAGUGGAUUGACUGCAGUGCCACUUAUGACCAACAAGACGAACUGGUCAGACACAUAGAAAAGACUCACAUUGACCAGCGGAAGGGAGAGGACUUCACUUGCUUCUGGGCAGGCUGUGUCCGCCGCUAUAAACCCUUCAAUGCUCGUUACAAACUGCUGAUUCAUAUGAGGGUUCAUUCUGGAGAAAAACCAAACAAGUGCAUGUUUGAAGGGUGCAACAAGGCAUUUUCUAGGCUUGAGAACCUCAAGAUUCACCUCCGGAGUCAUACUGGGGAGAAGCCAUACCUGUGUCAGCAUCCUGGCUGCCAGAAAGCUUUCAGCAACUCCAGCGACCGGGCAAAGCAUCAGCGAACACACCUGGAUACCAAACCCUACGCCUGCCAGAUCCCCGGCUGCUCCAAGCGCUACACCGACCCCAGCUCCCUGCGCAAGCACGUGAAGGCUCACUCGGCCAAAGAGCAACAGGUGCGUAAGAAGCUAAAGUCCUGUACUGAUAUCGAACAAGACGUACUGAGUGAAUGCUUAGCUAUGCAACAACUCCACACAUCUUCACAGCACAUUCUGGAUGGGAAGUGUGGUAGAACUGUAGGUCCUCAUGAUUUAAUUACAGGCAUGUACAGUGGUUCCAGCAGCAGCCACAACGGCCCCUCCCCAGGUGUGCUGCCGUCCCCUCAUGACAUCCCUUCAAGGCACCUUCCGCUCGACUCUGCCCUUCCCAGCCCACAUCACCAGCAGUCGCCGUUGGACAGUGCCAGGGAAGGGCUUGCUCCCAACAUAAUCUCUCCACUUGUCAGCCCCCUGAAAGCGUUAGUUCCACCGUCCCUCCUGCAGAAACACGGCUCUCCAUCGUCCCACAGCCAGUCACCAAACGGGCAGCAGUUUUCUGGAAUUCCAAAUACACCUUACGCUCCGUUUCAAAACCAGUCAGUACAGCAGGGAGCUCAAGGUUACCAAGGCAGCUUUCACUCCAUACAAAACUGUUUCCACUAUGGAGACUGCUACAGAACAAUGGACCAGUCUGUCACCAGUGAUGUGCUCACAGGGGAAUCCCAUUGCUUCAACCCUCUGAGGCAGAAUGGCUAUCACAUACUCAAUGCACCUUUAGCUUCAACAGGCUAUGACACAAUCCCUGAAGCACAGUGUGUGUCCGAAGACUUGGUCUCCAGCGGAACGGAUGAAAAUGGGUUCUUCCAAAACGGCGCCUUUGAUCACUGCUUGAAUCACAUUCCUUCCAUCUACACAGAUACCUAAAGCAGUGCUGGCCUUGUUUCCUUUAUUAUACCUAUAACUGUGUAUGUAAUAACAAAGGGUUUGUUCAAGUACUUUUAUUUAGUCUGUAUCCUUGUAUGUGCUCAUUUAAAUGAACACCUCACAUUUACCAAACCAUUUUAUACAUGAAUAGUCUGUAUAAGAUAAUAUUGGAAACCUGUUCCUUUGCUGUGGCACUUUGAAAUUCAUGCUUUAAGGGAAUGAGGAGCAUUUUAAGCAGCUUGUUUUGUAAGUUCUCUCAGUAAAGUGUAAAUGUAAAUUAUAUAAUAAACUUGUAAAGAAGAGCUUUUUCAUCUUGGAAAGUAUGUUUCCAUUUGAGAAUGUUGUUCCCUUUAAUCAGUUUUCAUUUAACUUGUUGGUCAGUUCUUCUCUUUUUUUCUUUUUUUUUUUACUAAAAGGACUUUUUUUAAUCACAGACCUCAUGUAUAUAAAGAUCUACAUUUGCUCGGCUGGUUUUGUAUUUUCAGUUUUACAAGAAAGCAUUAAAAACUGGAAACAAG